GCACUCAAACGCACCAUGGGAUUGUAGGCUACUUUGAAGCUGGCGGUUUGGGCCACAGCGCGCUCCCGUCAAUUACACCGUCCAACCGAGAAGUCCGGCGAUCCCACACGGUUUUCUUGUCUUAAACGCGGCGAGAAACAGUUUCUCCCCCUCACAACAACAACAGAAGACCUUUGUACGUCCCGUGGAGACAUGUAUCUUUGCGCCUGCACCUCUUUUUGCGCGUAAAAGCACAAACCACAGGGAUAGUGAUCGGAGUUGACAAGCCCGCUCCGCUACUGUAUCCUCCCCCUGUUUCCCUCCCUCCUCCUCUCCACUCUCCAACUCCACACAACCAGGAAAUCGUCGAGGUGUGCUCUUUUAUCCCCAUAUGCGGGUUUGGAUGCAUUUGUGUUCGGGUUUUGGGGGUUCUUUAUGGCAUUAUUUUGACUUUUAAAGCCAGGAUCGCGCUCUGAAGUCAGUAAAGUUCCACUCGCGGACACGACCUCCACUCUGGCCGAACAAUGAGUGAGUCAAGUAUUUGCCAGGCUCGGGCCACUGUGAUGAUCUAUGAUGAUGGCAAUAAGAAGUGGCUUCCUGCAGGUGCUGGACCCCAAGCUUUUAGCAGAGUUCAGAUCUAUCACAACCCAACCAACAAUGCCUUCAGGAUAGUGGGGCGAAAGAUGCAAACAGAUCAGCAGGUGGUAAUAAAUUGUCCAAUAGUAAAAGGUUUAAAGUAUAAUCAAGCCACACCUAACUUUCACCAAUGGCGGGACGCUCGACAAGUUUGGGGGCUCAACUUUGGCAGCAAGGAGGACGCUGCUUUAUUCGCCAAUGGCAUGGCCCACGCUCUGGACGUGCUCAACUCCAUGGCAGAUGCAGGUUAUGCCACUCUUCCUCGAGCAGUGGCAAAUGGGCCAUCUCAAGAGGAAAUUGAACAACAACGAAGGUUGGAGCAGGAGCGUCUGGAGAGAGAGAGGCAGGAGCGUGAACGCCUGGAAAGAGAGAGACUGGAGAGAGAAAGGCUGGAAAGAGAAAGACAAGCAGCUGCAGUCAUGGCUCCUCCAGCCCCUCCACCUCCGCCCAUGGCCCCGGCAGCACCUGCACCACCACCUGCACCUCCUGCCCCUCCAGCCCCCCCUCCACCACCAGGCCCACCUUCAGCGCCGGCCGGGGGCAUUCCUCCGCCCCCAGGUCCCCCUCCUUCAGGAGGAAUCCCUCCGCCUCCACCGCUGCCUUCUGGUGGUGGUGGCGGAGGAGGAGGGGGCGGCCUGGGAGGAGGUGGAGGCUUGGCAGCAGCUUUAGCAGGGGCCAAACUACGGAGAACUUCAAAGCAGGAGGAUUCACCAUCAAUAGGCCGAGCUGAUGCCAGUCGCACCAGCAACUCUUCAAUUGGUGGAGGAGGAGGAGAUCUGAUGGGUGAAAUGAGUGCCAUCUUAGCGAGACGGAGAAAAGCUGCAAAUGCUGGAGAGAAGGCACCUCUGAAAAAACAAGAAAAUAACGAUGAUUCAGACUCUCAAAGUCAAAACGACUCCAUCAGAAGACCUUGGGAGAAGUCUUCAAUGAUCAGGAAUAACUCCAUCGGCAAGAACAUGGACUCCAUUUCCCAAGGUUCCAGACCAAAGCCAACAGGAAACAAUGAUUCAGGUGGUGGUUUUGAUGACUCUGAAUUAGAAAAACUGAAACAGGAGAUCCUUGAAGAGGUGCGAAAAGAAUUACAGAAGGUUAAAGAGGAGAUCAUUGGAGCUUUUAUUCAGGAGCUACAAAAGAGAGGCACGUAAUUGUGGUGUGUAACGGUGUAACGGAGGGUGAGAUAAAAUGCAGUUCUGGGCCAUUGGGAUUCAUUACAUCGCGCCUUCCCUUGAAGCCUGGGAAUGUCUCAUUUUCUCCUGGACACUUAAACUCGAUGCUCUGUUCCACAAACACAUGUGAGCAGAUCACUGCUUAUAUGUACUAUAUCAUGCAAUAUCACUUCAUGUAAACAGUAUCUCGGGGCACUUCCUCAGCAUUCACCAAUACUGCACCGGCAAUGCCAUAUGUCCUUGUUUUGUAUGUUCCUGUUGUGUUUUUGAUGAUUAAAAUAACAAAUCAGGCCAUAGAACAAUAGGCACAGCUUCCUUUUCCAUUGAUAUGUACAUUUGGCACAACAAUGUCUUACCCAAAAUUUCUGCUAAUCUUUUUUGCUAUAAAACCGAUUUUAAUCAGGUUUUUUUGUAUUCAGGGAUCAUGUAUGACCAUAUUUACUAUAAGAACAAGAUGCUGGCGUGCUGUGAUUGUCAAGAGAUUUUUUUAGCAUUUUCUAAAAUCAACCACUGCUACAGAACUGCUACAGAAAAUUUGGAAAUGUACAAGAAGGUUACCAUGUGAAAUGGAGAAAGGACACAGCACGCAAGAUGCACCAGCGCCACUGAUCAAAGAGCAACUUUAGACAGCAAAUAACAGUUUGUGAAAAAUAAUCUAGAACCUAACUGCUGUAUUUGAGGUGCUGUAAAUGGAGGAGACAGGCAAAGGGAACCUGGUGGCGAUAAUGAGUGUUUUUGUAGUUUUAUGAUGUGUCUAUGCACUUGUUUUGGAGGAUGUCUGUGUGCGUGUGUCACACUGCCUUGAUAGACUAUUCCCUCACUCAAAAUGAGAUAUUUCUCGUGGCCAGUGGUAUUUUACUGUGCUUCAUAUUUCCGUUAUAGUUUUCAAAUGUUAUUGAGAUAUUGAUAUGGCCAAGAAGAGGUCAAUUCGUUUGGCCAAGACCAACUGCCUUGAGAAUAAAUAUGUAUAUGUAUAUGGAAAUAUCUAUCUUUUGAGGGAAAUUAAAUGGUGUUUCUAUUUUAAUUGAAUUGCCUGGUGAAUGGGUAUUUGGUUAAUUUGAUUAUUUUCUGAGAUGUUAUUUUGGGUGUACUACUUUUUUUUUCUAUAGAGUCUAGGCUUUUUACACUGAAAUAAAGAGAACGGCUUAGAGACACUGGAUUAGAAAUGGCUUUAUAGUCGAAUACAGCUGCUUUUUAAAACGCA